GAGAGCUCAGACGUGAUAACACUCCUGGUUCCCUGUAGGAGCUGGCGUGAGGGCUGCUUGCUACCUUCCCUCCAUCCCCUACAGCUAUUGGAUUUCCCACCCAGAAUCUUUAGGUAAAUGAGUUGGUGCCAGUGUAGAAGUGGAUGCAGCUGACUGCUUUGUGACCCCCGGGAGCCACUGGUGUCCACGGAUCAUGAUUCUGGAAGGAAGUGGUGUGAUGAAUCUCACUCCCAGCAGCAAUCUUCUCCACCAGCAGCCGGCCUGGACAGACACCUACCCCAUGUGCAAUGUUUCCAGCGGGUUUUUUGGAGGCCAGUGGCAUGAAAUCCAUCCUCAGUACUGGACCAAGUACCAGGUGUGGGAAUGGCUCCAGCACCUCCUGGACACCAACCAGCUGGAUGCCAGCUGCAUCCCUUUCCAGGAGUUUGACAUCAACGGCGAGCAUCUCUGCAGCAUGAGUCUGCAGGAGUUCACCCGGGCGGCAGGGACAGCGGGACAGCUCCUCUACAGCAACUUGCAGCAUCUCAAGUGGAAUGGCCAGUGCAGCAGCGACCUGUUCCAGUCCACACACAAUGUCAUCGUCAAGACCGAACAAGCUGACCCUUCCAUCAUGAACACCUGGAAAGAAGAAAACUAUUUAUAUGACACCAACUAUGGUAGCACAGUAGAGUUGUUGGACAGCAAAACUUUCUGCCGGGCCCAGAUCUCCAUGACAACCAGCGGUCACCUUCCCAUUGCAGAGUCGCCUGAUAUGAAAAAGCAGCAAGACCAACCAACAAAGUCCCACACCAAAAAGCACAAUCCGCGAGGGACUCACUUAUGGGAAUUCAUCCGCGACAUCCUCCUGAACCCAGACAAGAAUCCAGGGUUAAUCAAGUGGGAAGACCGGUCUGAGGGCAUCUUCAGGUUCUUGAAAUCAGAGGCUGUGGCCCAGCUAUGGGGGAAAAAGAAAAACAACAGCAGCAUGACCUACGAAAAACUCAGCCGAGCCAUGAGAUAUUACUACAAAAGAGAAAUUCUGGAACGUGUGGAUGGACGAAGACUGGUAUAUAAAUUUGGGAAGAAUGCACGCGGAUGGAGGGAAAAUGAAAACUGAAGCUGCUGAAACAUUGAACACAAACCUAAACACAUCCCACAUGAUAACCAACCAAGGAGUCCCUGGACAUAAAUAUUUCAAAGACUGCUUUUCUCUGAUAUUUAUGUACCAUGACGGGGAAAAAAAUACAUCUACUUCUAACAGGAAGAAGGAACAUGACAGUUGAUAGAAUUAUUUUGUUACUUUGAAGUAUGUCCUAUAUGGGGAACAAACGUACACAGUUUUCUGUGAAAUAUGACACUGUAUGUGGCUGUGAUUUGUUUUUGCCUCUAUUGUGAAGUUCUUUUCCACUGCAAGAACAGAGUCUGUAGCCAUGUGCUUCUUGCUAAGGAGAAAGAAAAAAAAAUCAGAUGGCAUUAAAAGUUUUUAUGUGCAAAAUGAUUUAGGAAAAGAUGAGGUGUCCUCCGCACAUAGCAUCCUCGUGGCCUCUUCAGGAGAGGUGGGCGUGGCCUCUAGGAUGAACUCCAGGGUCUCCGAUUGGUGGGAUGAACCAGAAGGAUGCUGAGAAGUCUACCCUGACCUUCGGGAGUCAGUGAGUGGAGAAUGAGGACUUCCACAAUCCAGAGUGGACUGUAAUCAUUGCAUAAUCACAUGCCUUUUAUGCUUAAAUCAGAAAAGAAUAAUGGUGGAGGGGGCUUUAUACUCAUUCAGGAAUGAUUUACCCGGUGCCAAGUCUAUCUUCCCUCCUCCCCCUUGGAUGAUUGGUGAAAAACUUCAAUUGCCACCUCUGCUCACUUUUAGUUACUUAAAGAGAAGGUCCGGCUUUGGUUAUUUUUAUCCCAGUUGCUUAAAAAUAAGUGGGAAAAGGGAGGUAGUUAUGAGUUUGCUCUUGUACUCCUACUGUCCUGUGGUUUCCCAAUUGGCACAAUUGAUAUUUUUGUCUGAAUUAUUCUUUGUUGUGUAUUAUUUGGCUGUCCUGUGUGUUUUGGGAUGUUUAGCAGUAUCUAUGAUCUGUACCCACUAGGUGCCAAUGGCACUCUGGUCCUCGAAGUUAUGACAACCCAAAAUGUCUCUAGACAUUACCAAAUGUCCCCGGGGCCUGGGGGGAGGGAGAACCACUGAUUUAGCUAGUCAAGAUGAAGAUGGUGAUUUAUUCUCAGAAAAACAACAACAAAAAAUCCCUAGAGUGAAGCAAAAGCAAGACUUUAAAGUCAACCUAUUUUUCAUUUUUAAAAUGUUUGGACAAUGGGUUGAAAGAGCUAGAGCGAUUUCUUUUCAGAACCUGAGAUGAGAGCUAGACUCAGAUAAAUUAAACAAGGGCUAACAAUAGAACACACUGCACUAGAAUUACAAAACAGAGUAAAUAUUAUAUUACAGAAGGAAACACUGAGAGGAGAGAAAAAGAGUGUGUGUGUGAGAGAGAGGAAGUUAGUUCCAGGGGAGAAUCUUUGCAGAUGUUAGUUCUUAUAAUCUUUCCUCUUUUGGAUAAUCUCUUUCCUGUCUCAUCUUAACUCAUUCCAAAGUGAAUGAUGUCUUGCCUAGAUUUGCAUCUAAAAGAAUGUUAAAAAAAAAAAAAA